AUGUUCGGGGUUCGACCAAGUAAGCCAACUGUAAUACGACGUCCAUCUCAAACGAAAAGUCAGCAACCUCGAGCUCGAAAAGUUUCGCGAACAACAUUAGAUCUUCCCUCAUCAUUGUCGUCCGAUAUCGGUCGUAUUUUUCAGCAUGUAACCUUAUCCUUUUGCCGUCGGAUCAUAUUCGCUCCGCCAGCAUUGAAAAUUUUUGUCUAUUUUUUUCUGAUUCUUCUCGGGCCCUUUUUAAAAGACUUUCACGUUGUAUCAAAUGCAUCUCUAUCCUUCAAAACCAACAUUUUCAAUCAACAUAUUUCGAGAAUCGGCUGGAUAUGGUCAAUCAUUUUAUUAGUUCCAUUCGUUUACUUAACGAGUUUAAUCUAUACGCGCGGUCAUUACGGUUUAAUCAGUCGUCAUUUACUCCGCUUAUUCAUUGCGACGACGAUUUGGUACAUCAUCACGUCAUUAUUCAUUCAUAUCGAAACUCUAACGGGUAUGUGUAAGCCAAUCAAUACUCGUGGCAUUACGAGCCAUUUUUGUCGUACAAGUCGAUAUCAAUGGCAAGAUGGACGUACGUACUUUCUUCUCUAUGCACUUCUCGUCAUUAAUGAAGAAGUGAAAUUAUACAAUGAGAAUUGGAAAAAAAUUGAAGACGCUAAUAAGAAUAUGAAUAGUAAUCCGAUUAAUCAGAGUCGCAUUCGAUUAUUUUCGAUCCCGAUUACUAUUCUCUAUUUGCUAUUGGCUAUUCUAACUAUUCUCUGGGAAUUCAUGCUUUUAUCAACUGUUUUCUACUUAUACAAUAUUUUACAUAAGUUAAUAGCUGCUUGUUUUGCUGUAUUCUUCUGGUUUAUCACCUAUCAUGUGUGGUAUCAGCAGGGCAAUGGAUCGAAAUUUUCUCCGUGUGCUCCUGGUGAUGGUCUAAUCAUUGUGUAG